AGCCGGGUGCGGGCUUGACCUUGAGCUUCGCGCGCUGGCGGCCUAAGCCCGCUGCCAGGCAACAGCGCGCUUUCCCGCCGGCCGGCGGCCGCGCCGCCCUCCUCCCGCCUCUUCCGCGCACGCGGGCGCGGGAUCCUAGGCGGAUCCAGGCCGGGUUUUGCGGCGGCACGUCCGCAUCUGUUGCUCUUGGCAGCGGUCGGCGGCGGGAGAUCAUGGUGCUGGACGAACUGUGGGCCGCGCUGUCUGGCGCUUCUGGGGCUGCCCUGGCCUGCUGCUUCGUGGCGGCGGCCGUGGCCCUGCGCUGGUCAAGUCGCCGCCCGGCGCGGGGCGCGGUGGCCCGGGCGCGACAGAGGCAGCGGGCGGCCCUGGAGACCAUGGACAAGGCGGCGCAGCGCUUCCGCCUCCAGAACCCUGACCUCGACUCAGAGGCACUGCUGGCCCUGCCCCUGACUCAGCUGGUGCAGAAGUUACACAGUGGGGAGCUGUCCGCUGAGGCGGCAGUCUUCACCUACUUGGGAAAGGCCUGGGAAGUAAACAAAGGGACCAACUGUGUGACCACCUACCUGGCAGACUGUGAGACUCAGCUGUCCCAGGCUCCACGGCGGGGCCUGCUCUAUGGCGUCCCUGUGAGCCUCAAGGAGUGCUUCAGCUACAAGGGCCAGGAAUCCACGCUGGGCUUGAGCCUGAACGAGAACGCGCCCGCAGACUGUGACAGUGUGGCGGUGCAGGUGCUGAAGCUCCAGGGCGCUGUGCCCUUCGUGCACACCAACAUCCCUCAGUCCAUGUUCAGCUAUGACUGCAGUAACCCCCUCUUUGGCCAGACCUUGAAUCCGUGGAAGUCCUCCAAAACCCCAGGUGGCUCCUCCGGGGGUGAAGGAGCCCUCAUUGGGGCUGGAGGCUCCCCCCUGGGUUUAGGCACUGACAUUGGAGGCAGCAUCCGCUUUCCCUCCGCCUUCUGUGGCAUCUGUGGUCUCAAGCCCACGUCAAACCGCAUCAGCAAGAGUGGCCUGAAGGGCUGUGUCUAUGGACAGGUAGCAGUGCGGCUCUCAGUCGGCCCCAUGGCCCGGGACGUGGAAAGCCUAGCACUGUGCCUGCGAGCACUGCUAUGUGAGGACAUGUUCCGCUUGGACCCCACGGUGCCCCCACUGCCCUUCAGGGAGGAGGUCUACACAAGCUCUCGGCCUCUGCGUGUGGGGUAUUAUGAGACCGACAAGUAUACCAUGCCCACCCCGGCCAUGCAGCGGGCCGUGCUGGAGACGAAGCAGAGCCUUGAGGCUGCUGGCCACACGCUGGUUCCCUUCCUGCCAAGCAACAUACCCCAUGCUCUGGAGACCCUGUCAACCGGUGGGCUGUUCAGUGAUGGAGGCCACAGCUUCCUGCAGAACUUCAAAGGUGAUUUCGUGGACCCCUGCUUGGGGGACCUGAUCUCCAUUCUGAAGAUGCCAGGGUGGUUGAAAGGACUGCUGGCUCUCGUGCUGAAGCCUCUGCUCCCAAGGGUGGCAGCUUUUCUUAACAGCAUGAAGCCCCGGUCGGCUGGCAAGCUCUGGGAACUGCAGCACGAGAUCGAGGUGUACCGCAACUCCGUGAUUGCCCAGUGGAGGGCGCUGGACCUGGACGUGCUGCUCACCCCCAUGCUGGGCCCUGCUCUGGACCUGAAUGCCCCAGGCAAGGCCACAGCGGCAGUCAGCUACACUCUGCUCUACAACUGCCUGGACUUCCCCGCGGGGGUGGUGCCUGUCACCUCGGUGACCGCAGAGGAUGAGGCCCGGAUGGAGCAUUACAGGGGCUACUUUGGGGAUAUCUGGGACAAAGCACUACAGAAGGCCAUGAAGAAGAGCGUGGGGCUGCCUGUGGCCGUGCAGUGCGUGGCUCUGCCGUGGCAGGAAGAGUUGUGUCUGCGGUUCAUGCGGGAGGUGGAGCGACUGAUGAGCCCCGAGAAGCGGCCAUCCUGAUUGCUGCCUGCCCGCCGCCUGGCUCCGGAGGGCCCAGACCCUCUCAAUCUGCACCCAGCCUCGUGCGGUUGUAGCGGCCACCCUGGGAGGGAAUGUUCGGCCGGGGACAGAGGCCUCCAUGGCCCCCUCCCCCAA